AUGUAUGGGAAGCUGAACUUUUCCUCAUGUAAGCCAUUUAAGAUUUUACAUGUGAAACUACGUGGAAACCUGGAAUAUUACCUAUCACCCCUUUAUAGUACAGUGGUGCCACCUGAUGACGGCAGCAAGGUUCCAGCUUCAACCUUAAUGGGAGUUCUGCUAAUGAAUGAUUUUCAACUUGCCAUCAAUAAAAUAACGUACAACGUGCACUGCCCCAAGCAAGAAGCACUGAGUAGCGAGCUCGCUGCCGAGAUGGACACCGUGAAGUCAAUGGUUCACAGACUGUUUACAGCCAUACACUUUGAUGAGUAUCAGAGAAGGAAAGAGACGCAUUUGUUGGAGAACAUUGACCACCUGAAGAAGCAGCUGCAGCCCCUGGAACAGCUGAAAGCUCGAAUUGAAGGUCGUUCUGAAGCCAGAAUCAACAAGCUCCUGUGGUGCGGGUUAGCGCUGCUGUCCGCUCAGGGUGGGGCCCUGGCCUGGUUCACCUGGUGGGUGUACUCCUGGGACAUCAUGGAACCAGUUACAUACUUCCUCACAUUUGCAAAUACCGUGGUCUUUUUUGCAUACUUUGUAGUCACUCGACAGGAUUACACUUACUCAGCUGUUAGUGGUAGGCAAUUUCUUCACUUCUUCUAUCAGAGAUCAAAGCAAGAACAUUUUGAUGUGGAGCAAUACAACAAGCUAAAAGACGACCUCAGGGAGGCAAAAACAGCCCUGAGACGUCUGCAACGGAGUCUCUAUUUCCGAUUGCCAGUGGAGCAGCCUGGUGACAAGGACUGACCUUCCAUUGUAAAUGUCACUGAAGUUUUCCCACUUUGCACCUUAGAAACUGGAAGUUUAUGAGUCCCAUAGCUCAUUUCAAUUAGACUGUUUCAGUAUCUUUUAGUUAAUAAAACGUUUCUUAUGAUA